AUGGGAUCAAGUCUCGUCAAAGGCAGGUCAGCAGACGAUACAUCAGCCAGACAUGAUGCUGCAGCAGGACCUACUGACUCAAGAGAGACAGCUCAUCUGGAUGACUCGAAGGGUUUGAGUCUCAUCGUGAGAGAAAACCUCACCGAAGAUGGAACCGGAGUGAAGCUAGCAUCUGGCGACACCCUCCCGGUACUAUCAGCAGCAGCGAGUGGUUCACCAGUGGAGAUGCCAGUCAUCAAGGGAAUGGUGAACGGGAAGCUCGUGGAUGUUCUACGUGACAGCGGUUGUACGACUGUCAUUGUUCGGCAAGACUUGGUGUCGGAGGAGCAGUUCACUGGAGAACAGCGGACUUGCUUGCUCAUUGAUCGGACGAUCAGAACCUUCCAAGUUGCAACGAUCGAGCUAGAUACUCCUUUCUUCACAGGUAAGGCAGAAGCUUUGUGUGUACUAACCCCCGUGUAUGAUAUUGUACUAGGGAACAUUUAUGGAGCCCGGCAACCAGCUGACCCAGACCAAGACUGGAAGCCAAAAGAUCAUCAGGCCAACGCAGUAGAGACAAGAGGACAGAAGCGGAAGGCAGGACGUACGAGGCCUCCCCUUCAAGUACCUGAUUCACUGAAUGACAUUGUGUCUGUGGAUGAUCUAAUCCAGGCCCAGAAGGAGGACAAUGCACUGGAUGCGUCCAGGAAACUCGCUGAAAGUGGAGAAAAGAAGAUAAGUAAGAGUGGAAAUUCGUCUUACUUUAUCGUUAAGAAGGAUGUACUCUAUAGAGAAUAUAUUGAUGCAACCCCAGGGUCAGAUGUACUCGUGCAAGUUGUGGUACCCACUAAAUUCAGGAAUCAAGUCUUGAAGCUUGCUCACGAAUCUAUUCUUGGUGGUCAUUUUGGAACUAAAAAGACCCGUGAUAAGAUUUUGACUCACUUUUUCUGGCCAGGUAUGCAUGCAGAUAUAGUGCGGUAUUGUCGGUCAUGUGGACCAUGUCAGCGUACUUCGCCUAAGGGGAAGGUUACGAAGGUGCCUCUGGGAUCAACCCCUCUCAUCGAUGAACCUUUUAGACGUGUGGCGAUGGACCUGGUUGGACCGAUAGAACCUGCUACUAGCAAAGGUAACCGGUACAUUCUUACCGUUGUAGACUAUGCUACACGUUACCCAGAAGCUGUAGCACUUCGCAGGAUUGAUGCACAGACAGUUGCAGAGGCACUGAUGGACAUAUACUCCAGGGUGGGGAUACCACGAGAGGUGUUGACAGACCGGGGCAGCCAAUUCACAUCAGAGCUGAUGAAGGAAGUCAGUCGUCUAUUCUCCAUCCGUCAGAUGACGACUACACCCUAUCAUCCCGCUUGCAAUGGGUUGGUUGAACGUUUCAACGGUACCUUGAAGUCUAUGCUCCGCAAGAUGUGUGAAGAACGACCCAAGGACUGGGGUAGGUAUUUGAACCCCCUCUUGUUUGCUUACAGAGAGUCAGUGCAGGAGAGCACGGGAUUCUCACCCUUUGAACUCCUGUUUGGGAGAGCAGUUCGAGGCCCUCUUGCUAUCCUACGGGAGAUGUGGACUGGAGAGGUUGAUGAACCGGAUACCAAGACUACAUAUCAGUAUGUAUUGGAUCUGAAAGACAGGCUGCAAUUGACUUGUGAAGUUGCCCAACAGAAUCUCAGCAAAUCAGCAGAGAGGUACAGGAGACAGUACAAUAAGAAAGCAAAGGAGAGAAAGUUUGAAGUUGAUGAUGAAGUCCUUCUUCUACUUCCGAGUGACAACAACAAACUGUUGAUGCACUGGAAAGGACCCUUCAAGGUGGUAAAGAAGAUAGGACAAAUGGACUACAGAAUUGAUAAGGAUGGAAAGAUAAAAACCUUCCAUGCAAAUCUUCUGAAGAAGUACUACAGGAGAGAGGAGAGUGCAGGUGGGUUCGAUGUUGCUGGUGUCUCUGUUGUGGAUGAUGGCUUGUCUGAGGAAUGUAGCGAAGGAGAGAAUGAAGAUGUAAACCAUUCUUCGAGAAAGGAUAUUCUUCAUCUCCCCAAUCUUACCCCAACAGAAUCUCUCAAAGAUGUGCAGAUCAGUCCACAUCUAGAUGAUAAGCAGCGUGAGGAGGUCAACUCUCUUUUACGGGAGUAUGAAGAAGUUUUGACUGAUAUGCCGGGAUUGACAAACUUAGGUAAGCAUGACAUUAAACUUGUCCAUAAGGAACCCAUUAAGAGUAAACCGUACCCAUUACCACAUGCUUUGCGAGGUAAGGUGAAGGAGGAGGUUCAGAAGAUGAUAGAUGUUGGCAUAGUUGAAUCCUCGUCUUCUCCUUAUGCAUCCCCGGUAGUGAUGGUAAAGAAGAAAGAUGGGACGAUCAGGUUUUGUUGUGAUUAUCGUAAGUUAAAUCAAGUUACCGUAACUGAUGCAGAACCGAUACCUGAUCAGGAAGAAAUAUUUGCAAAACUUUCUAGGGCCAAGUAUUUCACAAAGAUUGAUCUAACCAAAGGGUAUUGGCAAGUACCCUUAACAGAGGAAGCCAAGGAACUGACAGCAUUUGUGACACCAGAUGGUUUGUAUCAAUUUCGAAGCAUGCCAUUUGGGCUAGUUAAUGCUCCGGCAAGCUUUAGUCGUAUCAUGAGGGCUUUGCUCCGUGGCUUGCAUGGUGUAGACAAUUUCAUUGAUGAUAUUUUGAUCCAUACAGUAAGUUUUGAGGAGCAUUUAGAUACCCUCCGUGAGGUGUUCGAGAGACUGAGGAGAGCAAACUUGACGGCGAGGCCUACCAAGUGCACUGUAGGAUGUGUAAGUAUCGAAUUUCUUGGUCAUCGAAUAGGUCAAGGAGAGCUUCGACCAGUGCAAGACAAAGUCGAUGCAGUUCAAGGAGCUGCGAGACCUAAGACCAAAAAGCAACUUCGAUCCUUUCUAGGUCUUGUGGGUUAUUACAGACGGUUUGUUCCCAACUUCGCAGCAUUAGCAGUACCACUGACUGACCGAACAAAGAAAGGAGAGCCACUUCUAGUGAAAUGGGGAGAUGCGGAAGAGGCAGCUUUCACUACCUUGAAAAAGAAACUUGCUAGUGAACCCAUUCUCCAUCUUCCGGACUUAGAUCUUCCUUUCAUCCUGAGGACUGAUGCCUCAGAUCAUGGUCUCGGUGCAAUUCUGCUACAAGAGACAGAAGGGAAGAAGUUCCCUAUCGCCUACGCUAGUAGGAAACUUCUCCCAAGAGAGCAGCGCUACUGUGUUAUGGAACGUGAAUGCUUAGCAGUAGUCUGGGGUGUUCAGAAGUUCGAACCAUACCUCUACGGCAAGCAUUUUGAACUAGAAACCGAUCACCAGCCACUGCAGUGUAUCGCGAAAUCAAAAGUCGCGAACUCAAGGAUUCUGAGAUGGGCUCUGGCGCUUCAACCGUACCAGUUUAGCAUCACAGCUAUCAAGGGCAGUGAAAACGUCGGUGCAGACUACUUAAGUAGGAUACCAGAUACCAGUAGUUGAUUUCAAGUAAAGCAGGAACAGAAGGUUUUUUUGUUAAUAAUUAUUAUUGAUCUUUAUAUUUUCCUGUAAACAAAUUUUCCUCGUAUAGAAUGAGAAAACCACUCUGAAAUUUUCCUCGUAUCGAAUGAGAAAACCACUCUGAAAUUUUUUUCUGAAAUUAUAUAAAUUUCUUGAAGGAAGGGGAGAUAUGUCACAAUGUGACUGGGAUUUCUUUUUUAGACAGAGAAUGUAAUGGACAGGUGUUAGAUGAAUAGAUGUUGUUGGUAGCAAUUUACCAGGUCAACUAACUUGGAUUUACUAGGUCAACUAACUUGGGUCUCUAGUAGAGCAGGUGUCUGUCUUUGUCUGUGUGUGGGGAAAGGAUGAGGAGAAUGUUAAUAGGAAAGUUUUGUAUAGAGGAUUCAGUAAAAGGAAUUUGGAUGGACAGUUUUGGCAUGAGAGGAAUACAAAGAAUGUUAAAGAGGUUACUAUUGAGAGAGCCAACGUGGAUUAGAGAUUUAGGGUAGUUUAAUCAGAUUGCACAUGAGAUCUCGAGAGGAGCAGACCUUUCAGAAUUUGGUCUGACUUUGGGGAGUGAAUGAGGGGUGUUGGCCACGAAGGUAAAAGUUACAGCCACAGGCUAUAAGCAUGCUGUUGCUGGCAUAGACUUUCCCUAUACUAUGGGACCAGGCAAGAACCAGGCAGCACAGGCCGACGUGGUAGAAGCCUCAUCAGCCCUCGCCUCAACUUGGAUCAUCGUUUGAACAUCUGAACUGGACAAGCUGGGCUCGUAGCCAUAACCCUAGGCACCAUCAGUGAAUGGACAUGUGUUCGUAGUCGACAAGCUCAGGCAACCUACUCGCGUCAAGUCGUAGAGUCAACGCCCAGUGCUGUCGUACACCGGUCAGGCUUAGCAGGUCAUGCAUCAUAUCGCACCGGGUUACUACAUACACCAGAGUAUUUCGUUCCGCCUAUUCAGAAACAGGAAGAGGUGGUAUUUACGAACUCUAAAUCGGGACUCUCUAACCCACAACAGUAUACUUUUUAUAUAAAGACCGGGCUAGAGUCGGUGGGAGAUUAACUGUAUUAUACCUCGAAGGAUGACCUGGUCAUCAGGUAAUCUUUUUUCCUUUGGAAAUAUGGAGAAUUAUAUUGUGAUAUAAUUGAGUAACGAUAAGUCGACAUAAACAGUGAUAGGAUAUACUCCUAUCUAAGUUCAUAGUGAUGCUGAAUCAUUUUAUUCUUGUCAAUUAUUUGCAUGUUUAAUUAUAUAGAGCCGAUGGCUCUUAAAUAAAUUGUUUGUACACUAUA